AUGUCGCCUUAUUAUCUUAAGUCAAUACGAUUUUUGGGAAACACUGACUCAAACGGCACUGUGCUAAAUCACCUGAAGGAAUUAAAGGCGCGGUUCAUUUCCAUAAGACCUGAACAAUACUCGAACUUGAUCUGCCUGCGAGUGGAAAUACGAGGAUGCGAACCCUGUACUGGCGAUAUUGGGAUAAGUCACGGUCGCAUUCCUGACGGCCAGCUCUCCUCCUCUUCGGCCGCGGGACUAUGCCACGCUGCCAAGUAUGCUCGCCUGAUGAACCCAACUCGCGCGUGGUGCGCCUCCCCAGACGACCCCGCGCCGUACCUACAGAUCGACCUCUACUCUACGCACCGUGUCCGUUAUAUCGAGACCCAGGGCCAGAUAAUAAACGGCUCGGGCCUUUGGGUGGCGUCAUACUAUUUACAGUUUACCGUGGACGGCGAGAGGUGGUACAACUACACGAGAAACGGGACGUUACAGAUUUUUACUGGUAACUCGGACGGGAAAGGGAGAGUAAGAAGUACACUGCUCGUACCAAUAGUCGCGGUAUAUAUCCGCGUGCGUCCAAUCACAUGGCAAGGACAAACGGCCUGCAUGAGAUUCGAGUUAAUUGGGUGCAAAGAAUGCUCUGAGCCGCUAGGGAUGGAAAGUGGUGAGAUAGCAGACAGCGAAAUAAUAGCAAGCUCAUGGAAUACUGGUCAAAAUUAUUUGAGUGUGCGCCCAGGGCCGACAAACACUGCAUGGAUCCCUAGUAUGUAUGGGCGUCGACGUAUGUACCUAAGAGUGGACCUCGGGCCAGGCUUAGCCAUUAUCAACGGGAUUGCCACACAGGGUUACGCAACUUAUAGGGCAGUGACUUACGCUUUGUCGUAUAGUUUGGACAAAGUGCAUUGGAGGGAUCACACUGAAUAUGGACUUAAAAGGAUAUUCCAAGGCAAUACUGAGCAAUACAGCACAGUGCGUCAUAAUUUUCGUAUGAACGUCACUACGCGUUACGUUGAGCUAACAGUGAUGACCUGCUAUUUCUACUUUCCUGGCAUCAGAAUGGAGUUGUACGGUUGCAGAGUUUGUGAAAGAGCACUUGGCAUGGCAAGCAAAUCGAUUCCAGACUCUUCUAUCACGGCAUCCUCCUCCGCCUCUGGUUACAACGCUGCCGAGGGUCGUCUGUACGGACAGUCCGCCUGGUGCUCAGGAUCGAACGUGAUUGCCAAGGAGUACCUAAUGGUAGACUUGAUUACCCUAAUAACAGUGACAGGGUUCGCUAUGCAGGGCCUCGGUGUAAAUGGUCCAAGAAUUACUUCUUACAGUGUGGCAACAAAGGUUGUGUCAACAACAGAUUGGGAAUAUAUCAUGGAUUAUCACGCAGGCCAGAGAUUUGAAGGUCCAUAUGCCUCCGAGACUGUUCAUUUAGCUCGGCCAAGACGCCCUACAAUAGCUCGCUACGUCAAGUUCCUCGUCAUGGCAUUCUUCUCUAAGAUCUGCGCGCGGGUAGAAAUAUACGGAAGAGAAGUUUCUCCAUGUGAGAAUCCUUCUGACCGAGGUGCAACAGCGGAGAUUGGCAUGAGAUCAGGGAACAUCAACAGCUCCCGCAUAACGGCGUCUUCCUCCCUGGGGGCAGACUAUCAGCCACACUACGGAAGACUUGGCACUUACCUAGGCAACGGAGCUUGGUGUGCCCUCAAUCAAGAUGUUCGGCAGUAUCUUCAAGUCGACCUUGAAGUACCGUAUAGAAUCAUGGGAUUCUCAACUCAAGGAAAACACCGUAUGUCCGACGACACGAUUGGUCAUGCCUGGGUGACGUCAUACAAUGUGGCAAUCAGCUCACACGGUUAUAUUUGGAAACAUAUCCAUAAUAGCAACAAUACCACUCUGGUAUUUGCAGGCAACACCAUCUCUAACCUGACUGUUAAGCACUUGCUAGCGUCUCCUGUUGUGGGUCGUCUUGUGAGAUUCCUUCCAACAACGUGGCACAACCGCAUUUGUAUGCGGGUCGAGAUCUGUGGAUGUAAAGUUUGCGAUGAGCCCCUCGGGAUGGAAAACUCGAAAAUCAAAGCAAAUGACAUAGAAGGACACACAUGGACAAGAAAUCGGGAGCCAUAUAGAGCGCGGCUAAAUUACCGGGGCCAGUUCUGGUAUUACCAUGGAUACUCCCCUCUCUUGUAUAUACGAGUUAAACUUGGGCCAAUGGCAAAGAAAGUCACCGGAAUUGCGACUGAGGGCGAUCAUGAAAAAUGGGUUACCCUCUAUAGCAUUUCUUAUAGCCUUAAAGAAUCUUCCUGGGUGGACUACCACGAAAAUGGGAAAUUAAAGAUCUUUGAAGGAAACACGGAGAGCUUUUCAGUGGUGAAGCACAUUUUUGCAAACCCCUUUAAGGCAAAAUAUUUCAAAGUCAAUAUCAAAGGAACCUUUGGAUCUUUGGCGUUUAGAAUGGAAAUCUAUGGCUGCAGAGCAUGCUUCGACCCGAUCGGUCUGGAAAACGAACAAAACUUCCCAGAUUUAGUGUUUGACGCAAGCAGUUCCGACGCGAUCGGUGGCUACCAUCCGUAUAUGGCGAGGCUGGGUACGCAUGCGCACAAUAAAUCUUGGUGCGCGGCAAAGGCGGGUUCAUCAGAAUGGCUGAGUGUCAGUCUUCCACGUCCUUAUCCUAUCACAGGCUUGGCUGUUAAAGGCAAUGAGGACACUGAUGAGUGGAUCAAAAUUGUCAAAAUCAAGUACACCGACGACAACAUUCAUUGGUACUAUCAUAAGGAGAUAAACAAUGAGCAAUUUACAAGCAACGAAGAUAGCACAGCAAUCAAAUUUAUCUACUUCAGUGAAGCAAUAGUCGUGAAAAGGCUCUUUAUCUUCACAUUCUCGUGGAAGGGCAACCGGGGCUGUCUGAAACUAGAACUUUACACAUGCAAUCAAGAUUGCAUGGAUGAAAUUCCUCUAUAUAAGUACGGCCCCAAAACGACAGAGAUGACGGCCUCCAGCUACUUCGGGCCAGGCUUUGAGCCAUACCUCGGCUCUUUGCGUCACGCAAGUGAACUGAAGGGCUGGUGUGCAGGCUCGGACAUGGGCCAGCAGUUUUUGCAAUACAGCUUCAAGGUAGCCAAUAAGAUAACAGGGAUCAGUACUGAAGGACAGAUUACAUCACCGCGCGAUGGCAAUGCAUCAUGGGUGAGCCGGUACAGGGUUGAGUAUAGUCUGGAUGGGAGAACAUGGAGUAACUACACGGAGCGAGGACAAGUUAAGGUAUUCGAAACUGUGUAUGGGAACUCUGUGUUUGUACCUAACAGCGAAGUCACGGCACGCUACGUUAAAAUAGUUCCCAUGACAUGGACCGCCUUGAUUUGCUUGAAAGCAGUAGUCUAUGGCUGUGCAGAGUGUUCCGCUGCUCUUGGUAUGGAAAGUCACGAGAUUUCGAAUAUCAAAUCGUCCAGUUGGCAAUCAUACCAGGGACCUAGCGAGGGAAGACUACACUUCACAGGGGGCUUUACGGCUUCGCAGGCAGGCUUCAAUACACAAGUAUACUUACAAGUCUAUAUUAACCACGGAAGGAGGCGAAAGGUGACCGCCGUCGCCGUCCAACCCACCUACCUUGCAAAUAGUUGGGUCUAUAGUUACUACAUAUCCUAUAGCCCGCGUGGAAAGCAUUGGUAUGACUACGCGGAAGGUGGGAGAACCAGAAUAUUUAGUGGCUUUCGGGACAGAUCCACUGCUGUCAAGUCUGUAUUUGCUCGGCCAGUCAUAUUAAGAGUUAUUCGAUUCAACCCUAUAACGUGGUCAGUAAAUCCUGCUCUUCGAGUGGAGCUUUACGGGUGUAAAGUUUGCGAGUCUCCCCUUGGGAUGCAGUCGGGCGCAAUCCCCAACUCGUCCAUCACCGCCACAGGCUUUAUGGCGGGACACGAGCCUGGGAAAGGGAGACUGGGCUCGACCUCCAUGUGGUGUGCCGGAAGUGUUUUUCCGAAUCGAGAAAGGUCGUACUUACAGAUUGAUCUGAGUCAGCUGACUGAGAUUACAGCCAUCGAGACCCAGGGGGACAUCGGCACUGGAAAGCGAGUUCAAAGGGUGUAUCUCUCACACAGCAAAGACGGGAUGUGGUGGGAAUUCUACCAUGAUAGUGGUCCAGACUUAAAGUGGUUCAACGUGAACUGGCAUGGCCCAGAGGCAACGAUGAUAGAGCUAAGAAGUGGAUUUGCUACUCGUUAUCUCAGAAUCCUCCCGAGCCACUGGAAUAUCGACGCAUGUAUGAGGGUUGAGCUCAGAGGCUGUCCAGUUGUUGCCAAUUGCAAGCAACCCCUUGUUGAGACUUCUAGAGUCGGCAAUCAAUCUAUGGCAGCAUCAAGCUGGCUUGGACCAGAAUUCAAACCAUGGUUUGGUCGGCUCAACUCCAACAUGGGGGGUGGGGCCUGGUGUGCACGUCAUAACAACGUGACGCAAUAUCUUCAAGUCAGCCUGCCGUCGUUGCACAGCAUUUCAGAGGUUGUAAUUCAAGGGAAGGGAAGAGACCAGGAGGCCUGGGUCACGCACGUGAAGGUGGAAUACAGUCAAGGAGAUGACGUAUGGGCUGUUCACGAAGAAAAUGACACUAACGUGUUCAGUGGCUGCAGUGACGGACACACAGCAUCUGUCAUCGCAUUCUCACUUCCAUUUUUCGCCAAGACACUUCGCAUCCGUCCUGUUCAUUGGCAACACCACAUUUGCAUAAGGAUGGAGCUAAAAGGAUGCUCAGUUACCCGAAAUGCUAUUGGAAUGGAAUCUUUUGAACAUCCCAACAACAAAAUCACCGCCUCCUCCUAUACCCGCUACCAGCUUCCAUACGAUGGCCGGCUAUACCACACAAACCACUGGCGACCAACAACAAACAAUGGCGAGGAGUUCCUACAAGUUUCCAUACACCCAUACGGAAAAAUCUUAACAGGGAUCGCUGUUCAGGGGGGAAUUUACGGCUUUGUUACUCGCUUUACCCUACAAUUCAGCAUGGACGCUAAAGAGUGGUUUCCGUACAAGGAAAACGGCCAAAUAAAGUACUUUGUGGCAAACAAAGACAAGAACGGAGUCCAGCAAAUAAACUUGUCAAUCAACCUUACCGCUGGGCACAUCAGGAUAACACCCAGGCAGUGGUUUGGCUUCUCAGCACUCCGAAUCGAGCUUUAUGGUCACGAUGGGUGCAUGAUGCUGAUCGGUGUCUCUAAUCUCCCAAAUGAAUCAUUUUCCGCGUCAAGUUCCCUUCCCGGGCAGGAGCCUUGGGAGGUGAAGCUUGAGGGAAACUCCUGGUGUCCUUCGACGUCGAGCAAUGACGAAUACCUAGACAUAGAUCUACUGCACGUAUUUGUUAUCAGUGGUUUCGGUACUAAAGGCCACCCAUCUGGUCUGAAGUGGCUGGAAUUGUUUCGUCUUGAGUAUAAAGAAACCAAAGAGAAUGGCUGGACGAGAUACGCUACCACAAGCAAUACAGCAGUAGUUGAUAUACAUAUAACGUCCGCCGAUACACGAACUUCCAGCUUAAAAACCCGUCUCUUCGAGAAACUUGAGGCAAGGUUUUUGAGAAUCUUCACUGUCCGUUACCAAGAAUACCCAUGUCUACGAGUUGAGGUGUACGGAUGCUUAGCACGAAGUUUUAAAGUGGGUCUGUCCAACUACAUGAUUCAAGACGAGGCUAUGACAGCGUCAAGCUACAUGGACCCCUACACGCGUCCAGAGAUGGCACGACUGCACACGGCCCGGGGGCAUGGUGCAUGGUGCGCGAAUAUGAGUGACAUUAGGCCAUACCUACAGAUAGACUUAAGGUCUCAAUACGACAUUGGCUUCAUCGCGAUCCAAGGCCAGAGAAACAAAGAGGCUUGGGUGGAGCAGUUCAAGAUCUCCUACCGUCAGCUAGAUCAGGACUGGAUAACAUACGAUAAGACUUUUUCAGGAAACAACGAUAGCAACUCUGUCGUGAAGCAUUCUUUUAAAGCUUCUGUGUGGGUGCAGCUGUUACGAGUCCAUCCUAUAAAAUGGAAAGUCAAAGCUUGUUUGAGACUAGAGAUCUAUGGGUCUAAAGUUGAACGAGAUGGAGCCAGUGCACUUGGAAUGGAGAACGGGAGGAUUCCAGACGCUAACAUCACUGCAGGGUUGUGGGAUGGGAACCAUCCGCCUCGUUAUGGUCGUCUUAUGGGUAGCAGUACUUGGUUUGAUAGCCGAACUAAUGAACCGCAAUAUCUUAUGGUCGAUUUGGGACUUGAUGGAGCUGUGGUAACGGCCGUUGCAUCACAAGGAUAUUACCAGCAUAACGUGCGCGAAUACAGCUUACACUUUAGUCCAGAUGGCGUCACAUGGGUGCAAUAUAUAAAAAGAGAACACAAAAAGAUUUUCGAGGGAAAUCAAGCUUUAGAUCCUGACAGAAUAGUCAAGCACACUCUUGAAAAACCGGUGCAAACUAGAUAUGUUAAAGUCAGAGUCAAAAAAAUAGCAGUACGGGAACAUUAUAAUGACGUAGCAAUGAAGCUGGAGCUCUAUGGAUCCUAUGUGUGCAAUUCAAGUAUCUUAUUUUCAAACUCAACUUAUGCGGCACCUGGUGUAAGCUAUACAAUCAAGCACUCAGUUGGGAUAUUAACCCAGAAUGCAUCACUGGCCAACAGCAUCACGUGGUGCGCAGAAUUUAACGACAGCAGACAGUUCUUGCAGCUUGAAUUCUCGCGGGAAGUGCACGUAUCUGGUAUAAACACGCGCUACUAUGGAUCAAAGACGCUGUUCUUUACUUUACACUACGCUAAGCAAAGCCAGGGCUUCACGGCCUACCGUAACCCAAGAGAUCUGGUACCAACGAUGUUCUCUUCUGGCCACCAUGGGUUGUUCAAGAGGUUUAUUGCAAAAUCUAUCAAAAUCAUUCCACUUUUCAAGGAUUCAUUAUGCUUUGAUUUUGACAUAAUGGGGUGCGAAGCCACGCACAAGUUGGGGAUGGAAAGUCAUAGGAUCAAAGAUGACUCAAUCUCCGCAAGCUCUUUCCUUUCCCGCCAAACCUUCCAUGCAGUGCAAAACAAGAUCUUCCCGGCAUCCUACGCGCGACUGGACUCGGACACAGUCUACCGCGCCUGGUGUGCUGGUGCACAGGAUACCCAACAGUACCUGCAGAUAGACCUAAAGUACACACAUCAAGUUGUUGCUAUAGUUACUCAAGGACAACAUAGGACCGGGCAUGAGUCAUGGGUGACCGAGUACUCCGUGUCAUAUUCCCAGAACAUGGAAAGCUGGGAAUGGUAUGCCGAGAAUGAAGGGACCAGGAAGUUGAAAGGAAACCAAAAUGCUCAUCGCAUAGUCACAAGAGAGUUAAGCCCUCCAAUCACAGCACGUCAUGUCAGAAUUCAUCCGAUUCUCUGGAUCGGGUCUAUUUGCAUGCGAGUGGAACCGAUUGGAAAUCCAGUGUGCUUUAGGCCUCUUGGUAUCAGCAAUGGAUUGAUCCCAGACUCUGCCAUGACAUCUGCCAACGCAACUCUUGACUUGAGUUAUGCACGCCCAUGGUAUGGUAGGCUUCAUAUCUUGAGGGAUUACGGAGCUUGGUGCGCUUCUAGCAAAGACACAAAGCGUAUGCUGCAGAUAGACCUGGGCGAGAUAAUGAUUAUCUCUGGCGUCGCAACGCAAGGAAGACAUAGUCCGUACCAGGACUACGUCACAAGUUAUUCUUUGUUGCACAGUUUUGACGGGCUGACCUGGACAAACUACACGGAAAAUGGGACGGCAAAGGCUUUUCAAGGCAACGUUGAUCAGUUCGAAGUCGUUUCUCACGCUCUCUCUACGAACAUCACUGCGCGUUUUAUCCGAUUCCAUAUUCUGACAUGGAAGAACAAGCCAUGCAUGAGAGUAGAGCUCAUCGGCUGCAAUGUACCAGCUCCUCUCGCUCAAAAUGGCGGAUACACUAACUUCACUUCCUGGUCCGAAUGCCCAGUAAGUUGCGGGGGUGGUGUUCAGAAGAGAACAAGGAGCUGCACCAAUCCUGAGCCGAGCAACAAUGGCACUGACUGCAAGCUUCUUGGACCAAGCAUCGAGACACGCACAUGCAAUAUUCAUCUUUGUCCAGCUCAAAACAUUAUAUACCCAAUGUAUAUCCCCACAGAAAGGCCAUUUGAGAUUAUUCAAGAGAAUUGCGAUGGAUCACGCUAUACGGUUUAUAGCGUGGAUAUAUCUACGACAAACACAACUGGAUGCAGUGUUAAUCACGUCUUUUCAUAUCCGGGUAUCUACAGUGUGAGAGUUGUGCGUGAAAAUCACUUGCCAACUCGACGGAUUAUAUACUCACAGAGACCUAUAUCGGGCCUGGUUUUCUUGAAUGCAAGUAAAGCCGUGGAAAUCGGGAAAGUCUUUCAAAUGUUCUGGAAGUUUGAUGUCGGCACUAUGGUAUCUGUGCAAGUUGAGUUCGGUGACAGCUCGCAGGCAUUCAAUGUUACAGCAAGCUCUAACCGGCCUUACACUGCUUUCCAUGCGUAUACCUAUAAGGACGUCGGAGUUUUCGAUAUUUCCAUACUUGCGUUCAACUACGUAAGCAAUCAGUCCAUUAAUACAACUGCUAUCAUCGAGUUUCCAAUAUCUAUUCAAAAUAUUUCGUUACUAAACCAUGGACGUUUUGAUAGAAUAUACCAGCUAGACCUGAUUAGCGUAAAUCUUACGGUCAAUGGUUCCAAUCCUCAUGUGGACUUCUUUAUGGGCAAUGGAGACAAAAUUAUUCAUCAAGAAACUUUAUUGCUAACAUACAAAUACCCUCUUCCUGGUGUGUAUACCAUUCUUGCAUCGGUAUACAAUAACGUCAGCAUAGUAAAUAUAUCAAUUGAUGCGGAGGUGAACAGAAUCAUACCCUUAUUAGAAACAAUUCUUACCAUUCACCCUACGGUACAUUUGCAAGAUACGUUGAUUUAUUUUAAUGCCUUUGCUGCCAAUCCAUAUGAGUGCGUGUGGUACUUUGGGGAUGGGAACCGAACAACAGUCUCCUCAUUACAAAAUAUUACCGUUAUUCCAUACACCUACAAAUUGGCUGGGGCAUACGAUGUAACCAUUAACUGCUCUAACAACCUCGGACGAGUGGUCACAAGGUCAUUGGCUGUUGUACAAAAGAAAAUUGAAGUCCCCCAGCUCACCAGUGACUCACCUCGUGAAAUCAACGAAACAAUGACGUUUACUUUAACAGCGUCUGAGUUCGGGACCAAUUCAUGUUAUGUGGCGGAUAUCGGAAACGGUACCGUGGUGGGUUAUGGGAAAAGUCAUUGCCUUGCUAGAUUCUCGGACGUGACAUUCGAAGAUGAAGCUGGACCGUUUAACUUUGGACACAUUUACCAGGAAGCCAAAGUGUACGUCACCAAACUGACAGCCUGGAAUUUAGUAUCAGAGUUCAUCAUUUAUGGUCGUGUAGUAGCCCUGAAGAUUCCUUGUAACUAUCCAAACACAAGUAUCACAAAUAUUGGACAUGAUGAAAGCACUUCUACAACAUUGAGUCGCUUAGUUACUUGGACUUUUAAAACGGUAACAACUAUUGACUGCAAAGCAACUCAGUUAAGAGACUAUAUGUGGACCAUUCAAAAAGUGUCGCCUAAUCCUAAAGAACCCGCAUCCGCUCUAGGCACUCGGGACAUUCUUGUUAUCAAACCUAGAACUCUAGACUAUGGCUUGUACAUAAUCAAUUUUAACGUUUCUAUGCGAAAUCAAGAAGGGAUAUAUAAAAGCGAUGAGGGAUACCUAAAGGUCGUGCCUACACCACUUGAGGCUAUCAUUAGUGGAGGAAAAAGUUUAGUGAGAGGCUUUGACACUGUCGUGACAUUCGAUUCGUCGCCUUCUUAUGAUCCGGACUAUGACGGAACUUCCGACUUUGCUUAUUACUGGUAUUGUUAUAACAAAAAUAGAACGAUUUCAGCCGAUAUCGCGACACUUUCUAAGGGACAACCACUGGAAGACUCACCAAAUUUCAGCGUUGAACGAUUUUGUAACGCAUCCUAUGCUGACCGUUUUUUGAAGGCUUCUGGUUCGGUACAGCUACAGACGGGGAGGUUAAGGAUAAACCAGACCUACGUGGUGAUACUUGUACUAAGCCGAACAAUAUUCGGAGUUGCAAGGCGUUCUUUGACGUCGCAAGAGAUGAAAGUUGUGCCGGGGAAUCCACCAGCCAUUGAAAUCAGAUGUGUCAGUAAUUGCAGAGCAAAGCUAUCACCAAGUGAAAAAUCUACCUUUGAAGGAUCAAUUGAUGAGAGUAUCAGAACAAAUCCUGUCACCUAUUCAUGGCAAUUAUUUGAAGAACAUACAAAUCAAGCAUCGUUAGUCCAAGUAAAACAUAUAAAGAAUAUUUCAGCUACAGGGACAAACCAAAAGUUCAUCGUCCUGCGUAAGGAUACCCUCAAGGGUGGUCAAACUUAUCGCCUUAUUUUGACAGGUCGUAUGUACGGAAGGGCAGAUGGGCGGUCUGAGUUUGUCUUUACCGUCAAUUUACCGCCAAGGCACGGUACUUGCGCUAUCGAUAAGGACACAGGUUAUGCUAAUAUAACAGAGUACACCUUAUCGUGCACUGGCUGGCAAGACACUGAUGUACCUCUCAACUUUGAGUUCAGUUAUCGAAGUAUGUACGGACUGGCAACAGUGGUGUAUUAUGGGGAGCGCAACACUGUAGUUACUAAGUUGCCUGUUGGAACACCUAGCACAAACUUUACCAUCGAUGUGCUCGUGAACAUAGCUGAUUGUCUAGGCUCUUUUACUACAUUCUAUCUCACAACACAGGUGUUGCUUCCCCCUGAGAAGAAAGACCAAGCAAGUAACGACAUUUUACAGAUGUUUGAGGGAGACAACAACAAGUUCAAGAAUCUUAUGAAAGACGGGAAAAUACAAGAAGUGACGCAGGAAAUAAACUCUUUGACGUCAAUACUCAAUGUCAUCGCAACAGAGACUGGGAAGAACGCCAGUGAAGAUGAAAGAUCAGCCCGACAAAAGACCAGAAGUUUGAUUAUUGACAUGCUGGUCAAGGAGGAGGCCAAGACGCUGUCUGCUAUCAAACAGAUAGGCUCGACCGUCGCCCAGACCUCUGCGAUUAAGGAAGAGGUUGAUAUCACAACACAGCUGAAGGUUCUUGAUGCUGCUGGAGCAAUGAGAGACGUCAUGCUUUCCAAGCUUAAUGAGACUGAUGUUUCAACCAAUGCUCUCGAAGACGUGGGAGUCAUCCUUGUGUUUUGUAUUGGAAACGUCAUAACGGCUGCGGGGGACUCAGCACGAGUCUACGGAGAGCCGUCUGCCAAAGACUCUGGCAAGCUUGACGCUAACCGGACGUCUACGGCAAGAGCAAUAUCGCGUAACGCAACUCUAAUGAUCAACGAAAUAUCCAUGCACCUGUUGUCAUUAAAAGUCCCCGGGGAGGAGUCUUUGCGAGUAAUCACGCCAUCUGUGGGUAUCGUGUUGAAUCGUUGCUAUCCUGAAGAUGUCGGCGAUUUACCCUUGGGUGAUGGCGAUGCGAGCGUUCACCUCCCUCGAGCAACUGCGAUGAUAGGCAAUGAUACUCUUGAAAGAAGCGGUCAUAUUGACACACAGAUGAUUCGGUUUAACGAAAACCCACACACUUACGACCAAACAGGCGAAAGUAUCAAAUCGGAAGUUGUGAGCGUGGACAUAAGAGAUGAGAACAACACCGUGCUUUACAUCUCGAAUCUAACAACGCCAAUCAACCUCUACAUCCCGCGCUCACCUCCAGAAAAUCUUGAAACUGACGAAAACAUGUUUGUUUCAAAGAAGAACGGUAGCAUGAAAUAUCAUUCGUACUUUUUGAGAGCGGAAGAUCUUCCAGUCAGUAUGCGAGUAUUCGCGGGAUCACACAGUAGCUUUGAAGUAUAUCUAAAACCAAAAGAGCGGCCUGUGGUGGGAUCAGACGACGUCAUCGUUAGACUUCCAGACUAUUCAACAUGUAAGACAAACCUUAAUACGGACAAUACAACUAGUACACUGGAAUGUGAAGCCGACCCAUAUACAUUUUUCCUGGAUGAUAGUCUGAUCACAGAGCCCGGGUUGUUUUUUAUCGGUUUGCGCCAUUUUAUGGCAGAGGAGGAGAGCAGUAAACGAAUCAGACGAGAUUGUGGGAGAAGUUCUCGAGAAAGGCGCUCGUGCUUGAUGUAUAAGGACCCACCACCGAGGCCCACGCAGACACAGGUACAAGGAGAAAGAUUAGUGACGGUUAUGCCCGUUUUUGAUGAAUCACACGACGUUAGGUACACCAUCGACAGGUUCCAAUCCUCCUGCAAGUACUGGGACACCAAAAAGGAGGUUUGGAGAACCGACGGUUGCAAGGUUGGCAAUCUGACCAAGCUCAAUAAAAUCCACUGUAUCUGUGACCAUCUCACAGCAUUUGGAGGGGGUCUGCUCGUAGCACCAAAUCCUAUUGACUUCGACAAGGUUUGGGCUGGCUUCAAGAACAUCUCCGACAAUCUUGCAGUUGUUGUGACCAUUGCUACGGGUUUUGGUCUCUACAUUGUGCUUGCACUAUGGGCGCGUAGAAAAGACAAGGGAGAUAUGGAAAAGAGCGGUUUUUCAACUGUUGAAACCGAUACACCUUUUGGAGAGCAUCUCUACGAGCUGUCCAUUCAUACGGGUUCUUGGAGAGGGUCUUCAACUACUGCCAAGGUGUUUAUCAAUAUUUUCGGUGAGCAGGGACAAAGCGGACCACUUGCCCUGAAAGAUGAAGAAAAACAGCUCUUCACAGAAGGGGCAGUCAACACCUUCGUCGUCCCCUUGAACAAAAGCCUUGGCCCACUACUCUACAUACGUAUCUGGCACGAUAUGUCUGGUUAUGACUCAUCCUGGUAUCUCAACUUUGUUAUUGCGAGAGAAAUAGAGACAAAUGCCAACUGGAUAUUUAUGUGUGACCGAUGGCUAGCCUUAGAAAAGGAUGAUGGAAUGGUGGACCGUGUUCUUUUAGUCAGCACAGAUAAAGAUUUAAAGACAUUCAAAACCUUGUUCAAUACAAAAGUAUCCACUGACCUUUUCGAUGGUCAUCUCUGGAUGUCGGUUGUGAAGAAGCCGCCAAAAAGUUCUUUUACUCGAGUGCAACGAUUGACAUGUUGUAUGUCUCUACUUUAUACAACGAUGAUGACAGGUGCGAUGUUUUAUAAUGUUGGUGGUGUGAAAGAUAACUCUACCAUAUCACUUGGACCUUUAACGUUUAGUGUUCGUCAAUUGAUGAUCGGAAUCCAAAGCAGUUUUAUCGCUCUCCCAGGAAAUAUGAUUGUUAUUCAAAUAUUUAGAAACCUAAAGCCACAGGAAGUACAAAGCGAAGUUAACAACAGCGCAAUAUCUAAAAAAGAUAAUUUAAAAAACGCCAGCGAAAAGCAAAGCAAUUCAGAAGAGGAUAAACCAAAUGGAAAGAAGGUAUGCCUGGAUGAACUGCCUCAUUGGUUAUUGUACAUUGCAUGGACAUUGUGCAUUUCUAUGACAUUAGUGUCGGCGACCAUCACUCUCUUCUACAGCAUGAUGUGGGGUAAAGAUAUUUCUAAUCAAUGGCUUUCAUCUAUGCUUGUAUCCUUCUUUCAAGACGCUUUCGUAACACAACCCAUCAAAGUCUGUGCAAUUGCGGUGUUUGUCGCCGCUGUUCUUAAAACACUGCCAAAGGAUUUCAGCGAAUUCAAGCAACGAGAUAAGAAACAUAAAUCACCAAUUGGCAGUUGCAGCAGUAUGAAGUCCCAAGAGCAAAAGGAUACGAUUGGAAAGAAAUCAGCAAUGGAUCUCCCUGACCCUGUCACGAUAGAAAAAGCAAGAAAGUUCAAAUUGAAGGAGACUCAAAUGUUUGGAAUCAUGUCAAGUAUAUCCCUGCACAUUGUUUUUCUCACGCUAUUGGUUGUUGUUGGCUACAACUCACGUGACCCUAUGUCGUAUAACCAGAUGAAAGUAAUCGAGGAUGGCAUUAGUAAAACGGUCGUCAACAUUAAAGGAUUCUGGGGAUAUGUAGGUGAUAUUGUUUUACCUUUCGCCUUCAAUGAGCGUGGCUACAACGGCUUGCCACGGCACAAGGAGGGGGUCACUGCUGAUACCAAUCUGUUUAUGAUUGGGAUGCCACGGUUUCGCCAACUGAGGGUAAAGAGAGAGAAAUGUGAACGUGAAAUCACUGCCCUGUGGUGUUACGACGCCUAUUCUGCAUUCAACGAAGAGAAAUCUUAUUUCCUUCCUGGCUGGCGCACGAGGACCAACCUGAGCUUCACAGAGUGCCCCGAACCGUGGCGUCACAAGGACUUCAUCGAGCUUAACACGGUUCCUUACUGGGGCAAUCUAGGUUGGUACGGCGGAGGUGGUUAUACUGCCGAUCUGGGAUAUAACAUCAUUCAAGCGCAAGGAAUCGUCAAAGACCUUGUUCGCAACAAUUGGUUGGAUCAGCAGACUCGCGCUACAUUUAUCGAGUUCACGGUGUUUAACGCACAAGUAAACUUGUUUAGUGUCACGACGUUUUUACUUGAGAGUUUAGGCACGGGAGGAGGGUUCUCACUUCUGAAAAUUGACACAUUCCGUCUCCACCCACAUGUUGGCUCAGGACAGACAUUGGUUAUCCUCUGUGAGCUAGCAGUUGUUGUCGUGACCAUUAUUCUUGCCUACAGCAACAUUAAGAAGAUUUACCAGACACGAAUGGAGUUCUUCAAGAUAACGUGGAACAUAGUGCAACUUGUGGUCAUAGGUCUGACGCUGUCAGCGGUUGUACUAUUCGUGAUUAGAUUAAUUGACACUCAGAGAACUAUCCUAAACUUGCAAGAAAACCCAUUUGUAUUUGUCAGCUUCCACUACGCCACUAAAUGGGCUGAACUGAACACGUACAUAGUGGCCAUCGUGAUUUUCCUAUCAACUUUACGGCUACUGUAUUUGAUGAGCUUCAAUCGUCAUAUCACCGUGUUGUACCACAGUGUGUCUAAAUCAUUGAAGAGUCUUGGUUUCUUAGCAGUGGAAUCAGUCAUCCUCUAUGGAGCAUUUGCAAUAUUCGCUUACGUGGUAUUUGGCCCUCAGCUUGAUGGAUUUGGAACAUUCAUGCAGACUUGUCAAGCACUAUUUGCGAUGAUGCUUGGGAAAGGCUACUACACUGAGCUUUCAAGAGUUGACACAAUACUAGGGCCUCUAUUUUUCUCUUUCUUUACGGUCAGUAUGAUGUUCUUCAUGUUGAACAUGUUCGUCGCUGUGCUGAUGGAGCCGUACGAGGAAGCAAAGCAGGAAUUCACCGGUGACAGAGCUGAGUUUGAAAUGGCAACGUUCAUGCUUGAUAGGUUCAAGGUGUUCAUUGGUAUCGGCAAGCCCCCUGGGGACCCAUGGCGGGACUCUUACGACCUUCUCCAUCAAUCACGUCCCAGUUAUUUGACAUUUAGCGAUCAAUUAAAACACAUGUUAAGGAAAUUAGACGAUAGUGCUUGUUGUGCGGAAGAAAUAAUAAGCCGUAUAUCUAUCAUUUCUGAUGUAAUUUCUGUCGAAUCUUUUACUUUUUCAUGGUAUCUCAACGUUGAGGUCCUUACCGAGUCAGUGUCCUCAGAAGUACUAGAUUUAUAUUUAUGCGCGCUUUUCAUGUCUGAGGAUGUAUGAAUUUGAUAGUCAGGCAAACACCUCAGAAUACACGACCGCUUCCCUUAGUCUCCCAGAGACCUUUUAAUUAUUGCAAGGUUACAGCAUUCAUCCUUUUAAGGCCAUAUCAUUCUAGUGUUUCCUAAUGGUCCAGUUUUUCAAUACUGUAAAUUACGACUUUUGAUAUCAAUGAAAACGUAGACGAUUACACUCUUUGUUUAUAAGAACGUCUAAUUUUCAGUUAAGGCUGGGGCGUUCUUAUUUAUGGAGAUUUUAAAGGCUAAAAUAUGUUCUUGUUCUUCAAAUUACACUAAUGAUCAAUAGCAAUAAUAAGGCUGUUACUUAUGAGCACAAUUUGAUUAUACAUUUUAGAACGCAUCAGGACUAAAAAAGAUUUUCCUCUAUCUGAGCCUCGGCAUUUCUAAGCAUGAUCUUUAAAUUUGGUGAAAUCUCAGGCUGGACGUUCUUAUAAAAAAACGUUCUUAUAAAAAAAAGAGUGUAUUUGCACUUACAAUUAAUACAGAACAGAACAAUAUCAGUAGGCCAUGUAGACAUCGAGCUUUACUUGUUUUAGUUUAUUAAGCACUACUUUUAUGCAGUUACUGUGUUGAAAUACAUUUUGUCAACUCAAAAA